CAAGAAAGUAACACACAACAAAGUCGUCGCGAUAGGUGGCGCGAAUUCGACUAUAGAGGUGGCUGACUAAGGUGUAUUCUUUGCAGAAGGCUUCUUGUGCUAAAUGCUUGCGAGUGCGAGAGCGACUGCAAGCGCAAGUUCGAAUUUGAAAUAGAGCACAAGAGUUUCAGUUCCUUUCAUUUGACAGUGUGGUCACUUUCGAAUCGACAGAAAAUGAACAACGCGGUACCGAACAACAAUCCCGUUCCCGCUGCUGCUCCAGAGCAAGCACAGCCUGCUGCUGCACCAGCCGCGAACCCGCCCAGCACGGUCGCCGACAUGUUCGCAGACAUCGAGCAGCAGGAGGUCAUGCGUGCGAAGGAUCGAGCGUGGCGGAAGGUGAACAUGCGGUCGGUGAACGCCGGCAUUGCCUGCUUCGAGAAAAAGCAGCGGGAACGCGGCGAAGCGGGGGUUCAGACCGUCCCCGAGGAAAUGGCGCGGAAGAUCUUCAGCUUCCUGCGGGGUGAGCCCGGACUUCCGGCCGUGCCAAGCCACCCGGAGAAGAUCUUCGCUGCCAGCGAGUUUGCGGUCUCGGCUUCGUACACAGACGCGAACGGGCAGCAGGUGACGGUGCAGUUCUCCGGCUUGCCAAGCGGGGUGCACAUUACCAGUGCACCGACCCGAAGACUUACGACUGCGCAGUCUACUUGCAUUUGCCCGACCGAUCCUCGUCCUCAUGUCGUGAGCAACGCGAUCACCAACACGGCUACAAGUACGCUCCUCACUGCAACAACGAAUAUCCCAGUAAUGCACCUGAAAUCUCUCCGCUUGUUUGUUGGAAACAGGCCGCUGGCUGCAACCGGAUAUCAAUUGGUUCCGACAGUAGAUGGCGCUGUGCUCCUGUACGGCCACUUCGAAUCCGCGCGAACACCGGACGAGCUUCGGGCAGCUCAUGAAUCCGCAUCCAUUGGCACCGCCUUUAGUCGGAGCGCGCUCGUAGGUGCACCGAUUGGAGGAAUCUUCCCCUACCUCAACCAAGAUGCGCUGGACAAGUUCGACUCUGUUACCAGUAGUCCAGAGGAGAGUCAACGUAAGUUGGCCCGAUUCCACGAAGAGUGCGAGCGCCACAAGCCAAGCGAAGGGAUUACUCUAUACUUGCUUGCCCUUUGCAUCGACGAGAAGGUAUCCUCGACAGCGCCCGGCGCAGUGCGUGAAAUGCAAAUGCAGAAUCUCUCUCUCGCAAACCAGCGGUGCAAGAAGAUAUUGGAAGUGUGCGGCGUUCCGGUGACCGAGGAAGCUGCAGUGUGACGAGUGUGAGAAAUGCGUUGGGGCGACGCGGAUUUCGAAAUAAGUAUCCUUUAAGUAAGAAUUUAAUGUUUCUUCGACGCAAAGAUGUUUUUUGUAGAGAAAUGCAAACGGAAAUGUAAAAUCAAAAUCUAUCAAUAGCAGCGAGUGCGAAGCAAAUCAGAUGAUAAACUUUCACAAAAAUUGUAAGUACUACUUCUUUCUAAAGAUGUGAUGCGGUCUUUCUAGUUGUAGUUCUACGCGAUUAUAUAUGUAGCAACGGACAGGAUUUCAUGUAUUUAAGUAUCAGAUUUUGACAAUGUUGGAAAAAGUGAUUGAU